AUACUGGUGUGUGUAGUUCAGGAGAAAAUGGUGGCUUCUGGGGUAGGUUUCGGACUUGUCGGCGGUCUUCUUGCUGUCACGUUUGUGAGUAGCUCACCUGCAGCUCCACCAGGUGUGAAGGUGCUGUUUCAUGAUCCUCAAGUUCUUCCAAAGCCAACUUUGCAGCCACAGAUGCCUGGCUUUGUUCAGCAGUGCCAAGUGAAGGACUAUGAAAGGGUUCCUUGUGGAGAACCUGGAGUACAGGCUGCUCGGUGUAACUCCUUGAACUGCUGUUUUGAUGGCCAGCAGUGCUACUAUGGGAAAACUGUGACUGUCCAGUGUACCCUUGAUGGCCAGUUUGUGUUGGUGGUGGCCAGAGAUACAACCCUUCCCAGGAUAAGCCUCAGUUCCAUCAGCAUGCUGGGAGGAAACACUGGGCCCUGUAGUCCUGUUGACUCCAAUGCAAUUUUUGCUGUCUACCAGUUUCCUGUCACUGCUUGUGGGACCAUCAUGAUGGUUCAAGCUGGAUAUGUGAUCUAUGAAAACAUGAUGUUCUCAUCCUAUGAAGUUGGAGUUGGACCCCAUGGUGUCAUCACAAGAAACACGACUUAUGAGCUUUACUUCCAGUGUAGAUAUUCAGGUGUUGGCUUUGCGGCAUUGACUUUUGAACCUUCGGCUAAUGCUGACCCCAUGCCUCUUGUUGCUUCUGGACCACUUCAAGUAGAACUAAGACUAGGAAAAAGCCACUGUGCAGUAAAGGGCUGUGCAGAAGAACAAGUGGCCUAUAACUCGUACUACACUGUUGCUGACUAUCCUGUGACCAAGAUUCUGAGGGAACCUGUUUACGUUGAAGUGCACAGCUUGGGGAGAACGGAUCCAAAUAUUGUCCUGGUUCUGAACGGCUGUUGGGCCACUGCUUCCCCGAACCCCUACAGCUCUCGUCAGUGGGACCUUCUGGUGAAUGGGUGCCCCUACAUGGAUGACCGUUAUUUGACCAAGCUGGUACCAGUUAAUGAAACAUCUGGACUUGCCCACCCUACCCAUUACAGGCGCUUUGUUUUCAAGAUGUUCACAUUUGUGGAUGAGACCGCUAAGGCUCCACUGCAUGAGACGGUAAAGGCUUGCGUUUCCUUUUUCUGCUUUAUGCUUUUGUACAGGAAUAAGCUCAUUGUCUUGUCUUUUCAGAUCUACAUCCAUUGCAGUACAGCUGUCUGCCUUCCAAGUGCACAGGACUCUUGUGAACCACAGUGCUCCAGAAGAAGAAGAGAAGCUGCAGCAGAAGAAGGCUCUUCUCACACAUCAGGAAUAGUGUCUAGUGGUGAAGUGAUCUUUACCCAGAGUUCCUCACCUCAAUAUGAUUAGUGUAAAUCUGUGCAAAAUAAAAGCUUGGUUACUUUGAAAAA